AUGGUCAUCGUCCCCACUCCAUCCCGCCGAGCCGUGUACGGCCGCGCCGCAGUCGCCAGCUCCCAGCCGCUCGCCACCUCUGCGGGCCUGCGCGCCCUUUUGCGCGGCGGCAAUGCUGUCGACGCUGCCGUCACCGUCGCAGCGGCCCUCGCUGUUACAGAGCCAUGUUCCAAUGGCAUAGGCGGCGAUGCCUUCGCCCUGGUCUACAAGGCCUCCUCCCGCGGCGUCUCCGCCAUGCACGGCAACGGCGCUGCCCCUGCCGCUCUCACCCCUGGUUUGCUCCAGCCUCCAGUCGCAACAUCCUCUCCGCACGCCGUCACAGUCCCCGGCGCAGUCGCCCUGUGGGCGGACAUGAUCGAACGCCAUGGAAGCGGCAAUCUCAGCCUGGCCGAUUUGCUCCAACCUGCUAUCGAUCUCGCUUCUAAUGGAUUUCCCGUCGCCCCGCAAACUGCAGAUGCAUGGAAGGCUUCAACCUCUAUACUACGCGCUGCGAGAGGGGGGAAAGAGCUGCUUAUCGCGGAAGGAAGCAGUUGGCGCGCCCCGCAUUCUGGAGAGGUAUUCCGCGCCCCGGGCUUGGCCGCCACGCUACGCCGCGUCGCCAAGACCGGGAAGCGUGGCUUUUAUGAGGGGCCCGUCGCGAGUGCCAUCGUUGCUGUCGUAAGAGCAAUGGGCGGCGUAAUGACCCUCGAGGAUCUUGCCAAGCAUCGCACGGAAGAUCGCGACUCAUUGGCGACUCGCUUUAGGGAGUAUACUGUGUACGAAACCGGCUUGCCCACCCACGGCGUUGUAGCUCUUAUGGCCCUUAAUAUCCUUGAUGGCUACACGCCGGAGGAGCUCAGCGAUGAGGGCCGUGCCACGCACAUUAUGAUCGAUGCUUUGAGGCUUGCAUACUCUGAAGCAGCUAAGGUUAUCGCAGAUCCCAAGGUCAUGCCCGACAGGACUCGCGACCUUGUUAGCAAGAAGUACGCAGAUCAGCUGAGGGCUCGAAUGAGGGAUAAUACAUUAUGCGAACUCCGCGAUGGCGAUGAAAAAUGGCCCUCAGGGGGCACGGUACAGUUUUGUGCAGUGGAUGCGGAAGGGAAUGCCGUGUCGAUGAUUCAGAGCAACUACAUGCCCUUCGGCACGGGAUUGGUUCCUCGAAACAUGGGCUUCAGUUUGAACAACCGCGGCUUAAACUUUUCAUCAGUGAAGGGCCAUCCGAAUGCUGCCCAUGGCGGGAAGAAGCCGUAUCACACGAUCAUCCCGGCUUUGAUGACAAGGGGUGAUGGUGGACUGUUCGCCGUGUUAGGCGUGAUGGGCUCUUUCAUGCAGCCACAGGGGCAUGUGCAAGUAAUUCGGAGGCUUGUCGACGAGGGACUUGAUGCGCAAAAAGCACUCGAUCACUCGCGCUUUCGCGUAACUGGGGCAUUUUCCGCUGUUGAGGUGGGCAUGGGAGAUGACGCUGUAUUUGUAGAGCCGGAAAUAGGAGAGAAUGUUGUUGAGGCGUUGACCUCGAGAGGGCAUGAAGUUCGGAUUGGGGAGCGGCAUAUUUUCGGGCGUGGCCAGGUUAUCGUUAGGAGAGGGGAAGAUGUAGUCGAAGCUGGGUCCGAUAAUCGCGCGGACGGGUACGCUGCCGUCCUUUAGCUACCGUGAGUUGGAGCUCGUGAGAUGCAGAUAUUGCAGCCAUUGGUGUCGGAACGUUUUCUUGUUGCCUCGGGUUGCACUUGUCUUAACCUGAGCUAGAUGCUCUGCAUGAUGUGCGGGUGAGCGCCUGUAGUCACUUUUAUCCAUUUCUCCUGGGUAGAAAUGAUAUCACCAUUGGAACGAAGGACUCACGACCGUGAGUACGAAGAUUCCGCGUCGGAGAAGGUGAAAAAGAAUGACAUGCGCUCCCUUUCUAGAAGGACAUCAGCAGUGCUUUUCAGGACUUCAUUGGGCCCCAAGAGCCGGGACGACGGCGAGUAUAAAACCGUGGCAGCAUGGCUGUACCGCCGGGACGUCAUCUUACAGUAAGAUUACUAGUCGGGUUGAUAGGUUUAGAUACAAAACUGUACAAGUCGAAAGCUUGGUGUGUUGCGGUAAAUAGGAUAGUUCCACUGGCUUGAGCACAAGGCUUUGUGCACUAAACCAUCUGUCUGUAA